AUGUCGAAGCCAUGCCCAUUCCUCGAAAAGCUGCCGGCCGAGCUUCGCGAUGAGAUCUACCUCCUCGCCUUCACCCCCGACUGCGACAAUGGUAAUGGUGAUGGAGACGACGAAGAAGAUCUCUUGUACGCCGAACCGCCUAGCAAAUCCAUCGUCUUGACCUGCCACAAAGUCUACAACGAGGCCAAAGGAAUCUACAAGGACGCGUACCGCAAGUACUGGAGCGAGACCAAGUUCAAGAUCAACGAGGGCAGCGCCCGACAAGGCGAUACCGCCAUUCUUUUCAGAGAACUGCUCCUUUGGACGCCAGAAGACGUCAACCACAUCUUGAAGCUGUGCAUCUUCAACGUCUAUCCAGACUCGAUCAAGCAGAUGGACGUCAUGGAGCAGCGUGUUUGCUGGAAGGGCUCGCUGCACAUCACUGGUUUUGAUCCCACCCCGGCAUUCGUGUGGCUGAAGAAGGAUACCAAGGGCAAGAUCUGCGAGGGACGGUUCGGAAGCGAGGAAGAGAUGAAGGAGGCAAUGGGUGCGCACACGAGCGAGAUCCCUCUGACGGAGCAGCUGUGUUACAUGCUACAACUGCGGCAUCCUCGAACUUCGUCGUUUGUUGCCCUGAACGACGACUUCCGCGCCGCAACCUUCUACACUUUCGACUGCUCGACACACUCUCAUCCUCUCCGCACGUCUUCCAUUCUCCACUGCGCAGCUCGUCUACGUCAAAACCUCAUCACUCAGGACAAGAUCACGAUGGCUCAGUCCUGCCUCUUCUUCGAGAAGUUGCCUGCCGAGAUGCGCAACACCAUCUACGAGCUCGCCUUCACACCCGCCGUCUUGAGCAACGAGGCUGUGCACCUUCCUGACUCGACACCUCCGAGCAAGUCUCUCCUCACGACGUGCCGCCAAAUGCACAGCGAAGCGAAGGGAGUCUAUAGACGUGCCUAUCGCAACUACUGGACCAAUAGCAACUUCUACAUCAGCAGCAAGGCAGUGCGCGAGAAGCAUGGACUCAAGCCGAGCUUCACGGACUUCAUCCCUUGGAACAGCAACGACAUCGACCACAUCUCUAAGCUGACGGUCAGAGCCGACGGGGCUCAGCCCAAUAUGGCCGAGUCAUGCCGUCUCUUCGCCCUACCGGCGGAGAUGCGCAACACCAUCUACGAGCUCUUCUUCACACCACCCAUCGACAAAGGCCCGGUGCAGCUCAACGAGGCGACGCCACCGAGCAAGGCGAUCCUCAUGACUUGCAAGCAGGCAAACGCCGAGGCCAACGCACUCUACAAGACCACCUACCGUGACUAUUGGCGGAAGGGCGACUUCGUCGUCACUCGAUACCGUCGAGACGAAGAACCAAGCGACAUACUAUCCGCAUUCCACCCCACCGACUCAACAACAUCUCGCACAUGA